UUCUUCCCGUCUCUGGUCACCGCCUCUGCCUGCAGCUGCAUGGGCUCUGCCUCACUCCCUAAAUAUAGACAGGGUGGCAGGGUGAGUGAGGAUGGGGGUGUCCUGGCACCAGCCCCUGCACCCUGCUGUUCGGGGGGGUGGCACUGGGCUGGGGCUGUGGGGUCUGGGGGACCCCAGCCUCCCCCAGCCCCGCUGCCUCCAGCGGGAGGCACACGCUCCUCAACAUGACUGCCAGCCCUGCUCCCCCGGAGCCCCGGCCGCUCCUCCUCUCCGGGCAGGGAUCAGCGAGUCCCGAAACUCGGUGGCAGGGGAUCAGCGGGUCCCGGGACCAGCCGGUGCCCAGGGGUGGGCAGGAAUGGUGACUCAGUGUCACCCGACGCCGCCGACAGCUGCGGCUGGCGGGGCGGGGGCCGCUAAAAUUAGCGGCGGGGCCGGAGCCGGGGCCGAAACAAAGCGGGCACCGGGCGGCCGGAGCGGAGCCGCGGGACAGAGCCGGGUCGGGCCGGGACGGGCCGGGACCGCGGCCAUGAACUUCGCCGUGGGGCUGAAGCCGCUUCUGGCGGAGGCGAGGAGCAUGGAGAGCCUGGAGAAGCAGCUCAUCUGCCCCAUCUGCCUGGAGAUGUUCUCCAAACCUGUGGUCAUCCUGCCCUGCCAGCACAACCUCUGCCGCAAGUGCGCCAACGACGUUUUCCAGGCCUCCAACCCGCUGUGGCAGUCACGGGGCUCCAGCGCCGUGCCGUCGGGCGGCCGGUUCCGGUGUCCGUCGUGCCGGCACGAGGUGGUGCUGGACCGGCACGGGGUGUACGGAUUGCAGCGGAACCUGCUCGUGGAGAACAUCAUCGACAUCUACAAGCAGGAGUCGGCCCGACCCCUUCAUGCCAAGGCCGAGCAGCACCUCAUGUGUGAGGAGCACGAGGAUGAGAGGAUCAACAUCUACUGCCUGCGCUGCGAGGCGCCCACCUGCUCCCUGUGCAAGGUGUUCGGGGCACACAAGGACUGCGAGGUGGCUCCGCUGCCGGCCGUCUACCAGCGCCAGAAGAGUGAGCUCAGCGACGGCAUCGCCAUGCUGGUGGCGGGGAACGACCGGAUCCAGGCCAUCAUCACACAGAUGGAGGAGAUCUGCCACACCAUCGAGGAGAACGGCCGGCGGCAGAAGCAGCACGUGGGGCUGCGGUUUGAUGCGCUGUACGGGAUCCUGGAGGAGCGGAAGAAGGAGCUGCUGCAGAGCAUCGCAGCCGAGCAGGAGGCCAAGCUGCAGCGUGUCCGUGGGCUCAUCCGCCAGUACGGAGACCACCUGGAGGCCUCCUCCAAACUGGUGGAGUCAGCCAUCCAGGCCAUGGAGGAGCCCCAGAUGGCCGUGUACCUGCAGCACUCCAAGGAACUCCUGAAAAAGAUCACAGACAUGUCCAAGGCAUCAAUGAGCAGCCGCCCUGAGCCCGGCUACGAGAAUAUGGACCACUUCUCCAUCAACGUGGACUACGUGGCUGAGAUGCUGAGGACCAUCGAGUUCCAGACAGAGCCACUGGGCGAGGAUGAGGGUGAUGGACCCGGGGACGGCAGUGAGGCCACAACAGAUGAGGACCGGCUGGACGGCCUGGAGGUGCCUGAAGCUGCUGAAGAUGUGGGGCCGAGGCAGAAACCAGCGAGUUCUCCCCACGGUCAGCACUGAGGUGAAGCCGUGGGGUAGCGCUGGCACGCCCUCAGCUGUGGCUGUCUCUGUCACCCCCGCCCCGGCUGUGGCCAUCCCUGGCACUCUCAGUCGAGCUCCAUCCCUGCUGCUGGGAUUCCCCAAAUGGGCGCUGCCCCUCUACAACAUUAAAAGUGUGUGACACGUU